AUGUUCAAAGAGACCGAGAUACAGCAGCGUUACUUUGCUACUGGCACUGGAACAACCAUGCUUGCCAAUCGACUGAGCUAUUUCUAUGACCUUCAUGGGCCUAGCAUAAGUCUGGACACAGCGUGCUCCAGUAGUCUAAACGCCUGUCACCUAGCCUGUAAUAGUCUAAGGUUGGGCGAGUGUGACAUGGCAUUAGCAGCUGGCUGCAACCUGUUCUACAACCCUGAUACCAUUAUCCCACUCACAGCCCUUGGCUUUCUAUCUCCCGAUGGGAGAUGCUACAGUUUUGAUGAACGGGCCAAUGGAUACUCACGUGGUGAAGGGUUUGGAAUGGUUGUGCUGAAGAGAUUGAGUGAUGCUAUCCGUGAUGGCGACUGUAUUCGUGCCAUCGUUCGAGGCUCCUCAAGCAACCAGGAUGGCAACUCACCUGGCAUCACACAACCCACUCGACAGGCGCAAGUGGACUUGAUCAACGCCGCAUAUCAAUCAGCCGGUCUAUCCAAGACGCAGACGCGCUUCUUUGAGGCUCACGGUACAGGUACUCCUGUGGGUGAUCCCAUUGAAGCAAGUGCCAUCAGCGGCGCAUUCUCAGAGUAUCGCUCCGAGCAAGAGCCAAUGGUUGUUGGCGCAGUCAAGACAAAUAUCGGCCAUCUUGAAGGCUCGGCCGGGAUUGCAGGUCUCAUCAAGGCCAUAAUGGUCCUUGAGAAAGGUAUAAUCCCUCCCAACAUGGGCUUCCAGACCCCCAACCCCAAGAUUCCUGUUCAUGAUUGGCACCUCAAGUUCCCAACCAAGCCUGAAGCCUGGCCUUCUAAAGGACUCAGGCGAGCCUCAAUCAAUGCGUUUGGCUAUGGUGGAAGCAAUGCCCACAUCAUUAUCGAUGAUGCCUAUCACUAUCUCCUCGAGCAUGGCUUGAAAGGAAAACACCAAACCAUUGAGUUCCCACCGGUUGAAGGCCUGAGGCCGUCCAUCAAUGGCACGAAUGGCACCAACGGUCAUUUAAACGGUAUCACCAAUAACCACUCUAACGGUCAUCAGUCUACUUCUGGCUCGAGUGACGAUGAGUAUAUCUUGGUCAAGCGCUUCAAAGGUUAUGCCCCCCCUUGUCGCUCAUUCUUCUUUUCCACCUUCGAUGAAGCUGGAGCAGCCCGCAUGGCACAAGCAUACAGGGAGUUCCUAGAUUCCACCAACAAGUCAAUAGUUGCUGGGUCUGAGGAAGAACAAGGCUUCUUGAGUGACCUUUCUUAUACCCUCAUCAACCACCGCACAUCAUUCCCUUGGCGGUUCUCCAUCGUCGCUGACAGCAUCGCGGCUUUGACUAACAAGUUGGAGGGUAACCCUUCACCUGUUAGAGCCACUGCGGACCCUAAGCUUGGCUUUGUCUUUACAGGACAAGGUGCACAGUGGUACGCCAUGGGUAGAGAAUUGCUCUCUGCUUAUCCAACAUUCAGCACGUCCAUAUUUGCUGCGGACCUAUAUCUGCGAGAGCUGGGUUGCCCGUGGUCACUUGUUGGUGAAUUGCUUCAGAACCAAGACAAGUCACGCAUCGAUGAUCCUGAAUUGAGUCAACCAAUCUGCACAGCCUUGCAAGUGGCUCUGGUUGACCUCCUCGCCAGCUGGGGUAUCAAGCCUGCUGCCGUGGUCGGUCAUUCAUCGGGCGAGAUUGGUGCUGCCUAUGCUACAGGUGCCAUAUCCCAAGAGUCGGCCUGGAGGCUAGCAUUCUAUCGGGGUGCUCUGUCCUCUCGGCUGGCCAAGUCUCCCGAUCAUACCAACGGAGCCAUGCUCUCGGUGGCCAUGAGCUCAUCAAGUGCCAUGUCAUAUCUCGAGGAACAUGUUGGCAGCGCCGCGGGUAGAGAUAUCGUUGUGGCCUGUAUCAACAGUCCGAGAAACGUGACGCUCAGUGGCAGUGCAGUAUAUAUUGACAAGAUCAAGGCUGCUGCAGACUCUGGUGGUAUCUUUGCCCGCAAGCUCAAGGUUGAUAACAGUUACCAUUCACCUCUGAUGGCCACCAUUGCAGAUGAAUACAGAAGCUUGAUUGGCGACCUCGAGGCUGGAACCAAUAUAUCACCAGGCAAGGUUGCUCCAGUCUUUUAUUCGUCCCUGGGAGGGACAGUCAUCUCAGCCUCUGCUCUUAAGAACCGCGAUCAUUGGGUUGACAAUCUAGUUUCGCCAGUCCAAUUCUCCAAAGCCUUCUCACUCAUGUGCUCCAACACCAGUUCCAGCGCGCCAGUCAAGAAGCUUGGAUCUUCGGCCAAAGCAACAGUCAAGCCCCCGAAGAUUACUCAAGUACUUGAGAUUGGUCCGCAUGCGGCAUUGCGUGGCCCCAUUCGUGAGAUCAUGGAGCUUACGCCAGAAGUGAGUGGUAUUGGAUAUGAAUCAGUGCUCCGUCGUGGUACUUCUGCUGUUGACACUGCUUUGGGCGCCGCCAACUGGCUUUGGUGCCGCGGGUACGAGGUGGACAUGUCUGAUGCCAGCAUUGCAAAGGACAGCUCCCUUGUAGUCAAUGCACCGGGAUACCCUUUCAACCACUCCAACAUCUAUUGGAAUGAGAGUCGUAUCAGCAAAGGAUACCGCUUCCGUCCUGCAAUGCGACAUGAACUACUUGGUGCCCCGGUGCCAGAUUGGGAUCCAGCCAAUGCUGUGUGGCGGAACUACCUGCGUCUUUCAGAGAACCCUUGGGUGAAGCAUCACCGAAUCACUGGUGCUACCAUCUACCCCGCCGCAGGAAUGCUUGUUAUGGCCAUAGAAGCUAGUCGACAGAUGGCAGACAUAUCUCGUGUAGUCAAGGGCUUUCGCAUUCUUGACGCUCGCUUUAAUGUCGCUCUUCGCGUUCCAGCGACGCAGAAUGGUCUGGAGACGCACUUUUAUAUGCAGCCCUCGAGGGACCAUCCUGACACUGUGGCGAGGACAGUUCGCAAGUUCUCGCUCAGCAGUUAUGAGGGCGGUGAAUGGCGCGAGCAUUGCCAUGGUCUGGUCGUCACAGAGUACGAACAACCUUAUACCGUCGUUGACGAUGGAAGAGAAGACUUUGAGUUCCAAGAAGCAUGCAAGAAUAGGCUUGCGGGCGUUGAGAAGGCCUCAAAAGUUGAGACCUCAUUUCGACAGCUCUAUGAGCAUUUGUCGACCGUUGGUCUUGACUUUGGCGCUACUUUCCAGACUCUCCGCGAUAUUCGCUGCGGUGACAUUGGUGAAGCUGUGGCGACUGUGGAGAGGCAAGAUCUUGAGAGCUUGAUGCCUCUAGGCUAUCUUCAAGACCACUUGAUUCAUCCCACCGUACUCGAUGGUAUCCUCCAGAGCAUCAUUGUCAGUUUGACAAAAGGUGGUCGCGAGAUUGACCAAGUCAUGGUUCCCUCCGAGAUUGGCGACCUCUGGGUAUCUGCUGAUCCCUCAACAUCCAAGUUCGAUGCCAUUCGCGUCUCCUGCUCAGGCAAAUUCCUGGGCAUUAGGCAGGCUGAGGCGCGCAUUGUUGGUAUUGACGUUGAUAUCGGCAAGGCCGUUUGUACGGUUGACAACUUUGUCAUCACUACUGUGGCACGAAGUGAAGGCGCUUCUUCGUCCGACGCUGCCAGAAGACUCUGCUUCAACCUUGAUUAUAAGGUAGAUCCAGCUCUUCUGGAUCAAGAGACCGCGGACAAGACAAUCCAACCUGACGCAAAAUGCGGUGCUACUACUCAACAAGCCCAGUUGAUUCAGGAGGUGGAGAUGAUGUGUUUCUUGUAUAUCAAACGGUUCUGGGACAGAAUCUAUAACGAGAACCGCGACGCCAAGUCUGUACCCUAUCACAAGAAGUAUAUCGCCUGGAUCAAGCACCAACUGGAGAAGUAUGACGCUGGCCUUAUCCCACAUGCCAUGCCUGAAUGGCGCGAACGAGCGGCCGACGACCAAUACAUCAGUCAAAUGGAGAUCAAGCUCCUCACAGACGGUUCUGCUGAAGGAAAGCUGGUCGUCAAUGUUGGACGGGAACUCCCCAACAUCCUCGCUGGCAAGUCUGAUGCAUUGGAGCUCCUCUUCAAGGACAAGCUAGUAGAGAACGUCUACCGCUCUGGAGUCGGGGCUGAGAUUGGUUAUGACCGCAUGGUGGCCUAUAUCGAUGCUCUGGCCCACAAGAACCCAGCCCUCCGUGUUCUCGAGGUUGGGGCUGGGACUGGUGGCGCCACAAGACCCAUUCUCAAGUGUCUCACGACACAAGAUAUCUCGAUUGGCUUCUUUGAGAACGCUCGAGAAAUGUUCAAGGAUAGUGCUGCACGCAUGAGUUUCCGCGCCCUCAAUAUCGAGGAGAACUUAGAGCAACAAGGGUUCUCGGGCCCGGGAGAACAGUACGAUGUCAUAUGCGCUGCCAACGUCAUCCAUGCAACAAGGAACCUGGAAGCGACCUUAUCCAACGCGAGGAAGUUGCUCAAGCCUGGGGGUAAACUCAUCUUGUAUGAGAUGACAAACACUGGCAUGAUACGGACCGGCUUUGCCUUUGGAUUGCUGCCUGGUUGGUGGUUAUCUGUUGAGGACUUCCGUCAGUUCACACCACUGGCUGCUCCGAAUGACUGGUCCAGAUCUCUCAAAGCCAGUGGAUUCAGUGGUAUCGAUCUGCACAUCUAUGACUUUCCAGAUCAUAGACAUCAGAUGGUCAGCGUCCUCAUUUGCACAGCGCUUGGUGAUGGAAGUGAAGAAAAUACACCAACCAGUUCCUACUCCUCGUCGCCUAUCAAGAUCAUCACUUGUGGUGCGGGAUCCGGCUCAGCCACCCAAGAGAGCCUUGCUACAGUUCUUGAGAAGCAAGCGUCCAGCCUCAGCACUAGCGUUGCUGUUGUUAACCUGCAAGAUGCUGUGGCAGAUCUCAAGGAUCUGCAGCAAACUCGUUGCAUCUUCCUCGGGGACCUCGAGUCCAACUUUCUGGAACACGUUCAUGACGAUGACUAUGAAGCUUUCCAGAAGCUAAUUAGUUCCACCAAGACAUUGUUCUGGGUCAAUCAGGGAGGUGGUCCAUCACCCAAGAACCCUGGAGCUGACAUGGUGACUGGUUUCGCUCGUUGCAUGCGUGCUGAGAACCCAGGAUUAAACUUUGUCACUCUAUCCAUCGACGACUUGGGUUCCUUGGAUAAGACCAGUUCCAUCAUCUUACGUCUCUUGAGUACAGGAGGGGGAAACGAGAACACCUUCUUCGAGAAGGAUGGCGCUGUUUACAUUCCACGUAUCACCGAGGCCAACACAGUCAAUCAUCUCAUAGCCGCCAAGACAAAGGGCGAGCCAGCUAGGUCAGAGACAUGGCAGGAUGCUAGCAACGGUAGAGCCUUGACCCUACAGUGUGCUGUGCCUGGUCUCCUUGAUAGCCUUCAGUUCCAAGAUGACGAGCUUUAUGAAAAGCCUCUCAGACCUUAUGAUGUCGAGGUUAUCGGCGAAGCGUUUGGACAAGAGUGCGCCGGCGUGGUGACCCGCGUCGGAACAGACGUUGAGCGAGUCUCUGUCGGCGAUUCUGUCUGUGGUCUUCUCAGGGGAACUUUCAAGACUUUUGCAAGGGGCUCUCAAUGGCAGUUCGCCAAGAUUCCCUCAACCAUCGACUAUGCGGUCGCCGCGUCAGUGCCGGUUGUUUACACCACCGCAUACUAUGGACUUCAUGACCUCGCGCGCCUCCAAGCCGGCGAGAGCAUCCUGAUUCACUGGGGUGCUGGUGGUGUCGGGCAGGCUGCUAUCCAGCUCGCCAAGGCGGUUGGAGCUGAAGUGUUUGUCACUGUGGGCUCUAUCGAGAAGCGAGACUUUGUGCAUGAGCACUACGGUAUUCCUUUGCACAAUGUCCUGUCAAGUCGUGACUUGAGCUUUGUACAUGGCAUCAAGAGGUUGACUGAUGGACGCGGCGUCGAUGUCAUCCUCAAUUCUACAGCCGGACAGACCCUGCGUGCUAGCUGGGACUGCAUUGCCCCAUACGGGCGAUUUAUCGAAAUCGGCAAGGUGGAUAUCUUUGCCAAUGCAGGUCUCCCAAUGGGGCCAUUCAAAAAGAGCGUCACCUUUUCCUUCUUCGACAUUGGUCUCAUAUCACUUGAAAGAGGCCGGCUAUUCUCCCGCGUCCUUCAAGAUGUCGUUGAUCUGCUCGCCAAAGGAUCUAUUACCCCACCACAGCCACUGCAUGUCUACAGCUAUUCGGACAUCCAAGAGGCAUUCAGAAUCAUGCAAUCAGGAUCUCAUAUGGGCAAGCUUGUCUUGAAGGCUCAAGAUGACGAUCAUGUCAUGGUCGAACCCAGUCGAAAGCCCACUUAUUACUUUGAUCCUGAUGCGUCAUAUCUGCUUUCAGGGGGUCUCGGCGGUCUUGGACGCAGUGCAGCACGUUGGAUGGCGUCUCGUGGGGCCAAGAAUCUCAUUCUCCUCUCUCGGUCCGGAACCACGCGACCUGCAGCUCAAGAACUCAUGAAGGAGCUCGCAGCCGCUGGCGUGACAGCGUCAGCACCUCAAUGCGACGUCUCUGACCGCGCUGCUCUUGAAAGGGUUCUCAAUGAUUGCGCUAAAACGAUGCCACCUAUCAAGGGCUGCAUCCAAGGCUCCAUGGUCCUCAAGGAUAGCAUAUUCUCCAACAUGUCUCCGGAAGACUACUACACUGCCGUACGUCCCAAGGUGGUUGCAUCAAGAAACUUGCACGAGCUUCUCCCACAGGACAUGGAUUUCUUCAUCCUUCUCUCAUCUGCUUCUGGAGUGGUUGGCAACCGAGGUCAAUCCAACUACUGUGUAGGAAACACCUACCAAGACUCCUUAGCCCGUCACCGGGUUGCUUUAGGGCUUCCGGGUGUAGCUGUCGACCUGGGAAUGAUCCUUUCUGUCGGGUUCGCCGCUGAGAACCAAGAGAGUAUGGCUAAUCUUCGUCAAGAAGGUUUCAAUGCCAUGCGAGAAGACGAGUUCCUUGCCCUGCUCGAUAUGUUAUGUGGCCCGAAUGGAACGUACUCCACCAAUGCCAACCGGGAGAUGGAGGCCUCCUCAUUUGCUCAAAUCGCAGUUGGUCUUGAGGCCCCAGCUACUCUUCGCAUCAAGGGCAUUCCAGAACCAGCAUGGAUGACUGAUCCUCUGUUCAAGCAUCUAUACCAGAUCAGAGGCGAAGGUGAUCAUGAGGGUGAAGGUGACGGCGAAGGUUCAGCCACGUCAUGUUCCACGCUACUCCCAGCGGCGGCAUCGUUAGCUGACGCAGCCAAGAUUGUUAGCGCAGCUAUUGUCCAGAAGCUCUGCAAAGCUCUAUCUUCAAGCGAACGAGACAUUGACGUAUCGAAGCCUCUGCAUAGUUAUGGAGUUGAUUCCCUCGUCGCAGUCGAGUUGCGCGCCUGGUUCAUGAAGGAGGUUGGCUCUGAUGUUGCUGUAUUCGAUAUCAUGAGUGGCCAGAGCUUGGAAGAGUUGGCUGAACUGGCUGCAAAGAGGAGCUCAUUUGCCAGUUUUGAUGAUGAGAAAGAGGCCGAUUGA